AUGCGUCCGGAUGCAUGGCGGCCGGGACGGUCGCGACUAUUUAUGCCCCAGGACUUUUCCUCCUGCACAGUUGACCCACCCGGGCUCUUGUGCAAGGUACGUAUGCGGUAUCCGCGGGACUGGGACAAAUUGGGUCCGACUAGGGCUGAUGCGGAAUGCCCAGACCAAGUCAACGUCUUCCGGCGGACCCGGGCGAUUGGGGGGGGGGUGGACGCCCGGCUGCGGCGGGAUGCCCUGGUCUCUGGAAGCCAUGAGGCCGGGUGUUCGAUUCCCUGUCUCGCCGUGACCCUUUUCAUCGCCCUGCUGCCAACCGCAUGUCUCCUUGACCCCGAACGCGGUCGUGGUGCUCCCAUCCUCGCGAAGCCACUCGAUCCGACGUGCGCAGGCCCGGAUGGCGAACUCGUUCUGCAGGCCCGGCGGCUAGUGAACCUUGGCAGGGCACGCGCGGAUGCUGAUUGGCAGGCCGGGCUCGGCUUGGGCCCCGAGUGGAGAGAGGGCCGGCAGGCAGACGAAUUAGGGCUUCAUCCCGAAAAUACGAUGCACGGCAGAAGAUCAUCCCGGCAGACAGGCAUCCGCCGGGGGUAUUAA